CGUUGCAAAAGGCAGGGGGUCGUCUGGGUUGACUCCAACUGACCAUUUUCCACUUUCAAAAUUUAUGCUUUCGAAUGAAAAACGUAGAAGUAGUAGGUUUGUUGUUGUAAGUUAGAGAGAGUUUGCAAUUCCAAGUUUAUUGAGCAUAAACUACUAAUUCAGUGAUGAAUUCAUCCCAUCAGAUCCAACUUGUGUUCUUCCUCUUAAUUUUGGCGGCUCCACUCUCAUGUUCUGUCUUAAUUUCAGAUGCUGUUGUUGGGCACCAAGUUGGGAAUGGAAGGAGUCUCCUUCAGAUUUCGAAACCUUGCCCUGUGGACAUUGAACACCUAAACUAUACUAUCCUAACGAGCAAAUGCAAAGGACCAGAUUACCCUCCGGACCAAUGUUGUUCUGCUUAUAAAGAGUUGGCAUGCCCUAUUGUGGAUCAGCUCAAUGAUGGAAGCAACGAUUGUGCUGAAAAGCUCUUCAGCUACAUCCCCACGGUGGGCCAAUAUCCGGCUUUCUUGUUCAGCAGUAUAUGCCGCGAUGGCAAAGAUGGACUCUACUGCUCCCUGCCACCACCCUCACCCACGUCUAACGUUGCCACUCUUGUCGCAUUAGGACACCCAAUCUUGGUUGGGCUGUUAUUUUUCGCACUCGCGUUUGUGCUAUGAAAACUCAACCUUUGAUCAUGUUUGUGUUGCAGCUUGAUUUGUUUUUCUUUUAUAAAUUAGAAUUUUCUAAAUUUAUUAAGUUGUUUUGGUAUUUAUUUGUUUUCCUAAUCAAUUUAAAUAAGUAUAUGAGAAAUUGUUGAUCAGUAUUUGUUAUUAAUUGGCUUCAAUAUUCUUUUCUGCUA